UCCCACUCUUUACUUUGUAGUGACCAUGAGACUUUUAAAGGACCAUUGCUGUUGAGAACCUUCUGGGAAUAAAACCGGUUUCCUUUCAGCCAGUGGACACAUCCUUCCAAAUCCCACGGCUUUGGUGGAGCUUGAUGGAAGCUCAGUAGACCAUUGAAUCAUGAAAACACCAGAGGACCACUGGGAGUUUCCAUUUGGAGUUGCAUAUUAAUAGGCUGAAAGACUGCCAGUGAGCAAAGCAAAUCUAAUUCAACAUGCAGCAGUCUUGAACGUCUGUUAGAAUAAAUGAUACCUCUCCUUAGCCUUUUCAUCCAUCAUAUCUGAAGUGCCUUGUGUUUCAUCAAACUUUUUACAUCUCCUCCACAUAUCUGAUCCAUCUGCCAAUCCUUGAAACAAUUGAUUUGUUUACAUAUCCAGCCUUCCAUAUCUGUUUCAUUUGUUUCUUCUCUUUGCAUGCAAGUAAAACUUUAAAGUAUCUGAGAUAAGAGGAAUGAGACCAUCGUAGAGUCCAGUACCUCAAACUUAUCCAACCUAAACACACCAAGACUGUUCAUCUGACUCUCAAACGUAGUACACUGCUUCCACUGAACAGCUCCGUCACCAUGUACACGCUGCAGUCCAAAUGGCGCUACCUAAUCAUGUUCUUGGGCGUCCAGUUAGUGGUCAUGGCUCUUCUCUCUAGAGAGGGCUACCAGAAAAGAGUGUCAUAUUUUUUCCGGAUUUUCCGUAAAACGGAUUCUACGUCGGGACACACAAUCGGUGGUCGCAACCACACGGAUGUUUAUGCCAACCUCUCCCUUUUGGGCCCUGCUCUUAAUAAAGAGGACAUGCCCUACUGCCCCAAGCAGUCUCCUUUGAUUGGUGGACCAAUUCAUGUCACUUUCCCCUCUGGGCUUACGCUUGCCGAGGUGGAGAGGAAGAAUCCACUUGUUGUCCGUGGAGGGCGCUAUAGGCCGCCAAACUGUGAGGCUCGCCAUCGCACUGCAAUUAUCAUUCCCCACAGAAAUAGGGAACACCACCUCAAGUUCCUCCUCUACUAUCUGCAUCCCUUCCUACAGCGUCAGCAGCUCAACUAUGGCAUCUAUGUCAUUCACCAGGCUGGUAAUUACACCUUUAACCGAGCAAAGCUGAUGAACGUGGGAUUUCGUGAAGCCAUGAGGGACGAGGACUGGGACUGCCUCUUCUUUCAUGACGUGGACCUCAUUCCAGAGGACGACCGCAACACCUAUGUCUGCGACACUCAUCCCAAGCACGCUGCCAUUGCCAUGGACAAAUUUGGCUACAAGUUGCCUUAUAAGAUGUAUUUUGGAGGAGUGUCGGCUCUGACCCCUGUUCAGUACCUCAAGAUGAACGGUUUCCCAAACAAUUACUGGGGCUGGGGUGGUGAGGACGAUGACAUCGGUGUCCGGGUCUCACUCGGAGGAAUGCUGAUCAGUCGUCCGUCUCUAAAAGUGGGCCGAUAUAAGAUGAUCAAACACAGGCAUGACAAAGGCAACGAAGUGAAUCCCAAAAGGUUUAACAUGUUGGCUAAGACCCGGCAUACGUGGAAAGAAGAUGGCAUGAAUACGGUGGAGUAUGAGAUCGUAUCCCGGGAUUACCAGCUGCUUUACACCAACAUCACGGUCAACAUUGGCACCGAGGCAGGCCUGCACCCGACCAAAAAAAAGCCUGCUUCAUAGUUGACUCCCAGCAUUCUUGUGGAUCCCAGAGGCACAAGUCUUAACGUCAAUGCCGUACUGCCUGCAGACCACUUCACCCACAUGCACAUGGCCAGUGAAUUCAAGGGACAUCAUGCCUUUACUGCACCCCACACCUUCUGUUUCCUCUGUAACAGCGGUGCCAUCUAGUGGUCCCAUGAUUCUCUGUCCUUUCUCCCUAUCUUUUUCUCCAAAGUUUGACAUUCUGAUCCUGUGCUCACUGGUUCACUUUAUCAGUCAGGAUGCUGCAGAAACUUCAUCAACUGGUCCACACACUGACCGCUUUGCAGACUCUGUGACGGGCCACUCUGCUGGAAGGAUGUGCUUCCUGACAGACAGACUUUUCAUCUAUCCUCUGUGCCCAUGGGCACCAUUUAAAAACCUAUGUUGCCUUAGAAUCAAGCUGCACUCUCUCCUUACAUUUGUUUCAUGAUGACUGAAGCAUAGCUUAGGCUGCCUGUGUUUGAUGUGUUGCACUGGAUGAGGCCGAGUCUUAGGGAGGGGUAAAAUUUGUUUUCUGCCACGUGAUGGAAACGAUGUACUACAUAAGCAACAUUGUUUGCUGCACAACUCUGUGAGUCUGGUGCAUUUCCUGUUCGGUAAAUUAGUACUUUUGAUGUACUGUAUGUACUGUAUUGUUAUACAGGCAGGUGGAUUGAUAUUUUAUAUAUCUUCCAUUUCGAGUAUUUCAGUCAGAACUGGCCACUUUGGUAGUAAUAACCACUUUACAUAUACAGAUGUUCUCCUUUUUUCAGGUUGUUUUUUUUUUAUUCCCGAAUUGUCGUAAUUGCCUUUGGUUGUCUUAGUAAUAACGUUGGCUUUUAUAAUCAACGUGCUGCCUCACAUUUUCAUGAAUUACUCAACACAUUGUAUUUUAUCUGUAUGAUUUUUGUUAAUUUUUUUAUGAUUGGCUGGUUAUGUGCGGUUUGCUUUGGAUUAACAAAUAGGCUUGUUGAAUGUAGCUACAUCUCCUUUUGGUGAGAGAAUGUCACGUCAGUGAACAGCGCAUCGUGUUGUGUCCAUUUGGUUGACUUUGUGAGAAGUUUUUGUUCCAUAUUCCCAUUUUGAGUCCAACAUUUGUUUAUUCAAAGAGAUUGCCUAAAAAUGCACUUACCUUGUUAACGGAAACCUUUUUUAAAGACCUUCAGCCUCAUAAAAACACAAGCGUAAAUUGUUCGUAAAACCAUUUUUAAGUAAAUUGUCCCAUUGAUUCAAAAAUGCUAACUUUCGUAAAACCAUUUUUACAUAUUUGAUUUGAAUCAAAUGCGCUAACGUUUGUAAAACCAUUCUUAUGUAAAUUGUUGCAUGGUUAAAUUAAAUGCUAACAUUCGUAAAACCAUUUUUAGAUAAAAUUGUUGCAGUGGAUUGCGUUAAGGUUCAUAAAACCAUUUUUAGAUAAAUUGUUAAAUUUAAAUUGAAUGCUCUAAUAUUUGUAAAUUCGUUCUUGUGUAAAUUGGAAGUAAUGAAUCAAAUGCGCUAUCAAUCGUAAACCAUUCUUGUGUAAGGUGCUGCAUUAAAUUAAAUGCGCUAAUGCUCACAAACCAUUAUUGCAUUGAAUGCGCUAACAUCCAUAAACAUUUUUAUGCAAGUUGUUGCUUUCAGUUGAAUGUGCUAAUAUUUGUAAAAACAUUCUUGCAUAUAUUGCUGUAAUGAAUCGAAAUCAUUCUAAAUUGCUGCAUUAAAUUAAUGCGCUACGGUUCAUAAACAAUAAAUUGUUGCAUUCAGUCAAAUGCGUUAAUAUUUAAAAUCAUUCUUGCAUGCAUUUACGUAUAAUUGUGUGUGCUAAUAAUCAUAAAACAGUUCCAUUCAAUGCAACCAUUUACAUUGGAAUGGUUACGAACAAUUUACACAUUGGUCGUUUUGCUUGCUGUUCAUAAAUGAGACCCAUUAUUGGUACAGUCUGAAAAAAAAAAAAAAAGGUAAAUUCUCAAACAUUUAAACUUACACCUCUGACUGACACAGAUGACAAAAUAAAUUGUUUUUGUAUGUUUCAAACAUUUCAUAUUUAAAAAUCAUGGCCUCAACUGGGUAAUGUUAACCUUAUGUUUGCCAUGCCUGGUUCCUGUCUAACCUCUAAACGUCUUCUACAUAGUUCAGUCCCUUGGUGAAACAGACUCUCUGACAGUCCAGUCAGCAGAUACACGAAUGCUUCAGAUGGAUCUGUGCGUGUGUGGAUACACAUUUGUUAUACUAAGAGAAAUAGAGCAUACGUUGUUUUUCGAAUGCUGCUGUUCUCUGUGUGAAUGUGAAAGGUGGAGGUGUCGCUCCCCUCUUUACUAGUUUGUAUGCUGUUGGGAGCUUGUGAUGGGUCAUUUAAAAAAAUGGUGUUGGGUCAUUGAAGGAAGUCAUCGGAUGUCAUUGAGGCAGAGAUACCAAAAAAUUCAUGAUUUUUUUUAACUAGCAUGUUUUAUUUUCUUUCUUUUUUUUCUUUUUCCUUAACAGUAGUAGUCUUUUUUCUGAAUUAUGAAAGG